AUGGCAGCUCAAGUCGACUUGCUCCGUGCUAAAGUAGAAGAAGAAAGAUUCAGGGUUAGUCUGGAAAGAUUCAUGAAAGAGAAGAAAAAGAAGAAGAAACGGGACCUGUCGCCGUCGGCUGACAAACGGGAGAAGUCUGAGAAAGAGGCGAAGAAAGUGAAGCUCCAUCACCACCACCACCAACACGCCGAGCACCGGAGCCACCAGCCGCAUCAGCUGCAGCAAAAACCCAAACCCCACAACUUCAGCGCGGACAAACAUGCCCUGCACAAACACCACCAUCACCACCACCAUCAUCACCACCACCAUGACCACAGCCUCAGCAACGGAACCAAGAAGAACCUGCAAUCGCCGUUGCCUCCUCUUCCUCCUCCUCCUCCUCCUCCUCCUGCGGUGCGGAAGGUACAGCCGGAGCAGCUGCAGAAGAAGCGAGCUGUCCCUCCAGAGCCACCUGCGCUCUUCACUUUCACGCCCCUCAAAAUGGUCAAGGCCAAAGCCCAGGAGUUUAAAGAAAAGCACAGGGAGAAAGAGCUGAAAGUGAAGCCCAAGAAGGAAAACACUGAGGCUAAUGUGAAGCACGCUGAGCUGAAGAAAAAGAAGGAGCCAAGGCCCAACAAUGAGAACAUGAAGUCUCUGACACUGGAGGAAUAUCUCCUGAAGAAGAAAAAGAAGAAGAAGAAGCACAGAGAGGAGGAGCGUAGUGCCAAAAAGGUCCGACACAUGCACAACAAAGCGGUGCAGACAGUAUGUUCAGCUCUGGGGACAGAUCUCACCCUACCCAUUAGCCCUGGUGCAGCUCCAAAGCAUGAAAACAAUCGUCAACCAUCCAGGAACCCUGCAGACAACCACCAACCCUACCUCCACCCUCUCAAACUGGAACAUGUCCCCUUCCUCUCCCACCAGGACCACUACAUCCGCAACUCCUGCCUCCAGACAGGCAUAUAUGGGCGCUUCAUACACGAGGAGAGGCAGGCAAACGGUGGAGGGUUAGUUCUGCACGCCUAUGCUGAUGAGUUGGCGUGUCUUAGUCCAGCUCAGAUGGAGUGUUUUGCACAGGAGUUUCUGGAUUUGGCCUUCGGUGAGAGACCCAGAGGUGCAGCCACAUACGCUCUGGCAGUGGUUCACAGUGCGGCUGCUUACCUGCCUGACUUCCUGGACUACUUCGCCUUCAACUUCCCAAGCACACCAGUCAAGAUGGAGAUUCUGGGCAAGAAAGACAUUGAGACCACCACCAUUGCCAACUUUCACUCUCAGGUGAGUCGGACUUACUGUUCGGGAACGUACCGCUCCGGCCCCAUGAGGCAGAUCAGCCUGGUUGGAGCUGUGGAUGAAGAGGUUGGAGACUACUUUCCAGAGUUCCUUGACAUGCUGGAGGAGUCCCCUUUUCUCAAGAUGACUCUGCCCUGGGGAAGCCUCUCCAGUCUAAAGCUGGACUGUCGCUCCCAGAGUGAUGAUGGUCCCAUCAUGUGGGUCCGACCAGGAGAACAAAUGGUUCCUACUGCUGACAUGCCCAAGUCUCCUUUUAAAAGACGCAGGUCCAUGAAUGAAAUAAAGAAUCUACAUUACCUGCCGAGGGCCAGCGAACCCAGGGAGGUUCUGUUUGAGGACCGGACUAAAGCCCACGCUGACCAUGUGGGACAGAGUUUUGACUGGCAGAGCACGGCUGCUGUGGGGGUCCUGAAGGCAGUACACUUUGGAGAAUGGAAUAACCGAUCUCGGAUUACCAAAGAUGUUGUGUGUUUCCAGGCUGGGGACUUUAAUGAAGUUGUCCAGAGGCUGCAGCUGGAUCUCUAUGAGCCCCCUGUGUCUCAGUGUGUCCAGUGGGUUGAUGAUGCGAAGCUCAACCAGCUGAGGCGUGAAGGGAUCCGCUACGUGCGCGUCCAGCUCUGUGACAACGACAUCUAUUUCAUCCCGAGGAACGUCAUCCACCAGUUUAAGACCGUGUCUGCGGUUUGCAGCCUGGCCUGGCACAUCCGCCUCAAGCAGUACCACCCUGGGGGAAACGACAAGGAGGAGGAGCAGCAGCCAAAUGAUCUCAGCCCAACGUCUGGACGUGUCUCUUUUUCUUCCCCUGCGAUGCCGGACGCCACUGUUACUCCACGUGCUCGACCGCAGGGGGACAACAUCCGAGGAGGGGUGGCUAAGACUGAAGAACCAGAGUACCAGAGGCCGGCAACACCUCCUAAGGAGCCUCAGCCGGCCCCUCCACAGCCCACCAAAUCUGCUCACCUGCCCCCGGCAUACCAGGAUCCCCACCUUUCUCUGGAAGCAAUCCACUCUGGAUGCACGCCAUCAAAAGAGGCCUCUCUUCCUAAUCUGGGCCACACCGCAGAGCUCCCUAAAUGAUUUUUCUACACGCCCACAAUCUCCUCUUCUGUCCUCAUUUUGAGGUCAGGAUCUGAAGGAACUGUAGACUUUAAAUGACUCUAAGUCAGUCAGAAAGCUUUUCAACUUAAAUUAUUCUUCACACUUUUUUAAAAGUCCCAACAGUUUCUUAUUUAGCCAAAGUAUCCUUGGCUUUAAUGUAACAUAAAGUUGUUUUUAUUUGAUCGCACCUAAACUGGAACUCUCUUCAGUCUUAUUCAGACGGUGCGUGUCAUGAAAUGUGGGGAAGAAACUCUUAUUUUUAGACUGAUGAAACAAGUGGCCAUGCUCUCUGGAAGAGAGGAAUUUUUGGUUUAUUUCAAGGCUCAGAUGUUUUUUUUUUUUUAAAGUAGAAUUGCUAAAAGAGACGAGAGUCUGCAGCAGUUUAACUGGCGGACCGACUGUUUACCUGGUUGAUUUAAGGUACUGUGGAGGCAUGAUACUGUCAUUGCACUGUUUUAUUUACUUCUUUUUAUGAGGCAUCUUGACUAACUGAAGAGCUGACUGUGUAUGAAGAUGGAUGACAGUCUCCACCUCCUCCUUAUGUACAGAAGUGAAGCCAUAACUUCUCCCAUUAUGGGUAACCAGUAGAGCUGUAGCGGUUCACAGAGGUCACACAUUAAGAGAAUUCCUGGUUUCUGUCAUUUAUUGUUCUAAUUAUUACUACCUAAGUUUUUUUUUACAUUUAGCCAAAAAAGAGGAAAACAACAAAAAAAAAAUGCAGAAUGAAAAGCAACAAAGAAAUAAAAAGCCUAAUAUCUCCUGAUUUGAAAUAUUAUAUUCAAUAUGAAACAUGCAAAUUAAAAAUAUGGCAUUUAAGAGCAUUACAUGAUAUUUAUAUUUAGUAAUACAGCUCUUAGUAAACAGCCAGUGUCCCAUCUGUUGACAUGGAGGAGGUGGAGCUGACCAAGGUCAGCCUUUAGGGGGAGCUCCAAAUGUUUUGGUUGCUGAAACAUGGUCCAUCUUUAUAAACAGCUAUGAACAGUGCUAAGCAGAUGCAGUGAUCAGCUUCAGAGGUUGAGGGCAGUGCCAAUCGUUUGCAAACCUGGGCCUCUGUCAUUUUACUGGAAAGCUUGCCUGUUGUUUGAUUCCCUGCAUUGGUCACAGUCAUUUAAACAUGAUAAUCAGAAUGAGUCUCUUGUUUAAAGAUUUCAAUCAAGGGAGAUGAUGCAUUUUCUUAAGUUUGAGAUUUAGGGUCAUAUAAUCAUCUUUUUAAACAAGCACUUCUAUCUUUGGGGUCUGUGUCCAUAGACGGAGCUUUAUGUGCCGACAGCGUCCACAGCUUCUGUUUUAAAGUGCUUCCCACCAAUACUUAUUCUUGCUUGGCUAUGAAAGUAUUUUAAAAAUAAAAACCACGAAAACUAUGUGAAGGAAUCCUGCUCCUGCAUUAGCAGCAGCUUCAGACCUGGAAAUUGUUCCCUGAAAAGGAUGAGAUCGGGUUUACUUCUCCCUAACCAUGAAGUUUGACAAAGCUGAUAUCAAAGUACCACUUCUGCUUGAUUUUGAUUGGUCAGUGAGGGAGAAGUGUCAUUGAUAAGCACAGCACAGCUCUGCUCUAUAAGUUCGGCAUUUUGAGAUCUGAAAGUACAGUGACAAAAACAGUUGAGACUGAGGAUGUUUUUGCAGUAUUUCCAUAGCGAGUACCAAAAAUACCUUUUGGUUAUAAUGAUUAUUAUUGCUUUACACUAUUUUAAACUCACAAUCAUGGUUCAGUACUCGGUCUAUGCUGUAACUCAGCCACCCACCACUACUAGCCAAAGUAGCUCAGGUAAACGGCUACUGCAAUGCUAUUUAAGAGUGGGUGGUGAUGCGGUAAUACUGUAUCCUGGCUUCCUGUAGUGCCAUCUUGAAGACGGUGCCAUGUAAUGAGCUCAUGUUUGUAAUAGUAAAUGUCUUAAGACAGCACCAAUACCUCUAUGUGAAAAUGCUCCUGUUAAUGAUUUCAGGGCAUUUUACGCGCCAUCGCCUGGAACGGCGAUGGCACCGCAUUGUGGUCUUCUCUAAAGUCAAACUGUUCAACGCGCACCACCGGUUGUAAUGUGAGCCACAGCAAUGUGACUUUAAAAGCACGAAUUCCAUAGAUCAGUGAUGAGAAAUGAUGACGUUUAGGUUAUUCAAAACUAGAGGUGCAGCAGCAAUGCCAAGCACAAUUAAACCAUCAACACUUUUUAGAAACAUUUAAACCCAUCAUAACCACUUUUUAGCUAAAGUUUACUCAAUAAACUUUCCAUAAAGUUAACUUGUGGUACGACAGAGCUGCCAGGCUGUUCAACACGGAAAUAAAAUAUAAAUAAGGCCCAUCUUCAUCAAAACAUUACUUAGCAUCUUAGAUACUGUAUUACAGUAUUUGUGGAUUAUUGUUUGCCAUAUUUCUCCUUAAUGAUGGGGGUGCAUAGGAGCUUCUUUGCAUACAGAGACUUCACUUCCAGCACCCCUUCAAUCUGUUUUUUUUUUUUUUUUUUUUUAACUCAAAGGAUUAAAUGAUGCACCUGCAGAGGCAUGCUCUGCUAGUUGUGCUUUUGGGUCCACAUGGGCAAAAGCUUGUAAAAAAUAUGUUUUUUUAACACCUGGUAUUAAUACCGUAUGCUCCAGUAAAAUCUGGGGAAGGUUUGGUGGUAUUGAAAAAACAUAAACUGCCCAAUCCAAAUGCUAAUGCUACCACAACCUUCCCUUACCUGGCGUAAACAGCGGUGAACUGAUAGCAACUCAUAGGAACAGCUGUAUUUAGCUUAGCUCUAGUUUAGCUCUGUUUUGGUUUAGAAAAUGGGAAUAAUAUCAUACAUUGGCUGUGUCAGAUUCUUGCAUACAAGCAAAGCGUUAAGUGGCAAUAUUCAGCGCAGGUAUGUGGAUUUCACCUGAACAAACUUCACAAUGUUUCCCAGCUGCUGCUUAACAGAUGCUGUGAUCCCAUCCUUAAUAACAGGGCUCACAGUUUCUGGGAGUUUUAUUUCUCUUUAGAUGAGUUGCCUGAACGCAAUAAGCAUUUAAGUGGAUUGGAAAUAAUAUGCAUGAGAGCAUCACUAGUUUUUGCAUCCAGGAGUACUGAAAACACUGGACUGCACUGCACCAUCUAUGGACACAGACCCUUAUUUGUCAGCUUUAUAAGUUGCAGUUUGUGCAAUCCUUUAUUUAAAUGCUAUUUUAUAAAGUGCCCUUUUUUACUGUUGAUACCUUUUUUGAUAAUCUAUUUAUUUUCUCAAGAUUGAGCUAGAUUUAUGAACGUGGAUUUCAUAACUAGACGUGACUUCAUUGUUUAAUUAUAGGAAUGAGUCUGAUUAAACGUGAUUUGCAGCUACUGCAAUAAUUAUCUGAAUAUUUCUUCUCCAGGUUUGGAGAAUGUCUUCAGAGCCUGGUAUGUAAAUAUUUUGUUGUUUUUGUAGCAGAAUAUGUGAACGCUGUCAGGGCACUCACAUCACUCCGUUUUAAUUUCCCACUUUGAUUUUUAGCUGUAAUUGUCACUGUGUUUGAUGAGGCACUUUUGUGGAGGGUUCCUGAAGUGGUGUUCACUUUGUGGGAACUGUGUGGGUUUAUACUAUGAAUGCUUUUUUUUUUUUUUUUUUAAUAAUCUGAAAGAGUGAGGCCUCCUGCAAAUUGUACAACAUUUCCUUCUGAAGAGUUGAACUCCUUGCCUGUAAUUUUCUCUUCUUUGGACAUUGUCUUCCUUAUUUCUGCUCUGAAGAUCUGACUUACAGUCCUCCUGAACCUAUCAGAGGGCUUUAUUGACUAGAACCACAUGCAGUCAUCGAAAGAAGUGAAAAUGUGACUGCCUUCUUCUCUGACUGCCUCUUAGUGCCUUGUACUGUAUACAAUAGCUUCAUUUAAAUCUGUGGGUUGUAUUAGUCAACAAUUAGAGAUGUGGACUGGCCAAGCACCUGAUGUGAAUCUGUUUUUUUGUUUUGUUAUUUAUUGAUAAAAAAUGUUGCUCACUUGAUGCUUUUUUAUUUCUAUCAUUGACUAUAUAUACAGAUGGACAACUGAAUUGAAGCCAGUGGCAGGCAUCUUUAUUUUGUCCUGGUGACAUCACUGGAGCCACAGGUGAUGCAGUAGAGACCGACAGUGUUGGCAUUCAUGCUUUUUUGCUAACCAAAGCAUUUAUUUAACUUGCCGAUAAAAGAUCACUCAGGUUGGUACAAUCCAUAGGUUGUUUUUAAUUUUUUUUUUCAUGCUUUUAUUGCUGAUUUAACAGUGGAUAGAACUCGAAAUCAUUAACUUGUGAUUGAUACUCCAGCCAAUCAGCAAGGGAGAUACAAAAGUUUUGGCUUCUGCUGUGGGGAGCUGUGAUGAUGUCCAUCUUUAUAUACGGUCUAUGAUUUCUACCACUGCAUGUCACCUGGAAACAAACAAUUACAGCAUCAUAGUAUCACUUAAAGGUAAACAAACAUACUAGAUCCUGUUCAGGAAAAUGUCUGUUAAAGGGUCUCAGUAUCUCUAGCUCAGUAUAGAAAUAAAACAGAC